UGUACACACUCCGGCGCGGUAGGUGGCGCUGUGCGGUUAAAUGUUGGUGUUGCACUCCGCCAGAAUAAGACGAUUUAGGGGCAUGCGAGGCUAGAGUGAAGCUAAUGUACCAGCGUGUGUGGAUAUAAAGUAUUUCACGUCAUGUGAAGUCGCAGUUUGAUUUCUGGAGCCCACGUGUUGUGUAGUAUUCAGCCAGAGGACGGAUCAAACGCGCCAUUUCGCCAUUUCUUCUUCGUUAGCUUUGUUGAUUAGCAUCCCGGCUAACCGUUUAGCUGCAGGACAGUUCCACAGCCAGGUGACGUCAUGACGUUGACCGUUGACGUUGCCGGUAUUCACUGUUAGUGUCCGUGUAGUUCAGCCGUGCUGUCACUUCACCGCCACCGAGGACUUCAUGUUUAACCACCUCUCCGCUGUCCUGAGACUGUUUCCCCGCCGCCUGCUCCCCUCCUCACCCAGGACUUUCACACAAACCUGCCGCCUCCUCCGCAGGAUGGAGCCCGUCACGGUGAGGUGCCUCCCUGGGGAGCCCAAGCUCACCAUCUCCUUCUGUCUGGACGGCAGCAACAAGCACAUGCUGCGGGACCAGGACGAAGCGCUGGCCAAGGUCCUGGCCCGGAUCUCCAACAGCAUCACAAAGGGUCAAGGAAAGGCGAAGAAGUCGAAGAAGAACCGGGGACAGCAGCCGGGUGAAACUCCGGAGCAGUCCACCGUGGUGAAGCUGUACUACGACGGGGCUGAGGUGGCCGACACGGAGCUGAACUCUGCGGCGUGGCAGGACGGAGCUGUGCUGCAGGUGGGAGACGUGAAGUACUCGGUGCAGAGGAACCCUCCCACCUUCACCACCGCCGAGCUGCCGGCCUCCAUCCUGGCUGGGUUCCCCGUCUGUCCCAAGCUGGAGGUGGAGUUUGGGAACCUGCAGGACUGCGAGUUCACCUGGUUUAAAGAAAAUCCCGCAAACACAAGCCCUGAAGCUGCUGAAUCUUCAGGUCAGGACGACAGCUGGACCGAGGUAGGAUGCGGGAGAGUCCACGUUCCGUCCAAUCAGGACAUCGGCUGCAGGCUCAAACUUCGCUGCAUACCUAAAGGUGGAAAAAACAGCGGCCUAGCCAAGGAGCUGGUUUCUGUGGGAGCCGUAGAGGCCGGACCAGGCAUGUGCACAUUCGACAACCGACACGCUUAUACUGUGAAGGAAGCAGAGUGGCCGGCUGUGAGGGUGAUGUCGUACAACAUCCUUGCCGACGUCUAUGCCCAGACAGAACUGUCCAAGAAUGUGCUUUACCCGUACUGCGCCCCGUACGCCCUGCAGCUGGACUACAGACAGAACCUGAUCAAGAAGGAGCUGGCAGGAUACAACGCUGACAUCAUCUGUCUGCAGGAAGUCGACAAAGGGGUGUUCACAGACAGUCUGACUCCGGCUCUGGAUGCCUUUGGUCUGGACGGUGUUUUCAGGAUCAAAGAGAAGCAGCAUGAAGGACUGGCCACUUUCUAUCGCAGGUCAAAGUUUCAGCUGCUGAGCCGUCAUGACAUCGUGCUGAACGAGGCGUUGACCUGUGACCCCAUCCAUUCUGCACUGCUGGAGAAGGUUUCUGCUAACAGCGCUCUGAAGGACAAAGUAAUGCUGAGGUCCACUGCCCUGCAGGUCAGUGUGCUUGAAGACCUGAACAAACCAGGCAGGAAGGUGUGUGUUGCCAACACUCACCUGUACUGGCACCCUAAAGGAGGAAACGUUCGCUUGGUCCAGAUGGGUGUGGCUCUGCAACACCUGAGUCAUGUGAUCAGCGAGGUCGCGCCUGGAGCUCCGCUGGUUUUUUGUGGUGACUUCAAUUCCUCUCCUGAUUCAGGUGUGUUCCAGCUGGUCAGCGAGGCUCUAGUUCCUCAGCAGCAUGCAGACUGGAGCAGCUCAGGGCCAGAAGAGUCCUGCACUAUGGAACUGCUCUCAUCUUUCCCUCCAAUGCUGAGCGCCUGCAGCCAACCAGCCUACACAAACUACGUUGGAGGAUUUCACGGCUGCCUGGACUACAUCUUCAUACAGCCGGACAGCAUGCAGGUGGAGCAGGUGAUUCCUCUGCCCAGCCACCAGGAGGUCACCACCUAUGAGGCUCUGCCCAGUGUGGCUCACCCCUCUGACCACAUCGCCUUGAUCUGUGACCUGCGCUGGAAUCCCUGAUCUCAAACAUCACCAGAGAACUGAGCGUUCAGGCUUUGAAUGAAAUCUGAGCAUGGAAACGUGUUCCUUCAGGUUUACUGGAGGGCAAUGAAAGACGACAGAAAUUAUGGCCCAUUCACACACUGAUUCAUAGGCUGCCAACUGCUCAUCAGGAGCGAUCCAGUGCUUUCUAUUCAAAGCCCUCACAAUGAUACUAACUCAUACAUACACACACACAGCGACAUCACAGCCAUCGGGUUCAGUGUCUCGCUGAAGGACUGGGUGGAGGUUGGAAUUGAACCCUGCAUCAUCUCACACACUGUUUAAAUUACAAUAUGACGGACAUGUUGUGAUUAAGUUCAUAUUGUAUUAUUUACAGUACAAUAAUUAAUGAAUUUUAAUCACUGAUAUUCAGUGUGGAGGUUGUUGGUGAAAAAAGUAAUGAAGUGUACAUUACUUGUUUUUCUUAAAAUUAAUUACUUUGGUUGGUACAUAUCCCCAGGAGAAAUCACAUGACUGGGUUAAUAAUUAUUAUUUGACUGAGCUCAUUUUACCAACAUAAAAAAGGGGACUGCUGCUGGUUCCUUCCUCAAACUGCUGUUAGACUACAUGUAUUGGCUUCAAUACCCAGUGAUUUUGUUAAUGAAUAAAUCUGAACAUUUUAAUAAAGAUAUUUAUUACUAUUA